GACUAGUAUAUCUGUGAUCUUUCAAAGUUGCAAAAACCGAGCAGAGCCUGAGAAGUCUGUGUUUGAGAACAGCAACAGUUUAGAAGACUGUACCUGGUUUUCUGGGACCCAAGCCUGGUGGAAAAAACAAGCAUGAAGCUGAUGCCAGGACAGGAAAAACCCAGGAAUACAAGAGAGACAGAAUUCUGAUCUUUCCUGAAAGAAGCCCUAGAGUUGUGUCAAUGCUCAUUCUUCAGUAUGUUUAAGGGUUUUUUCUUUCCAUUUCCAGUGCAUAUAUGCAUACUUUCAAGGAAUGAGAACUGAUGACUCUGAAGCUGGUGAAGUGAGUUUGAAAUCAUGAAUAUAAAGAAACUUUGAGCCAAGUGAAGCCCUGAUGUUGUGUGAAAUGCUGUUAAGAAAACUUUGUUUCCGUCAAAUCUUACGCUCCAAGUUACUCCUCAUUCUAGUUUUCACUUUAGCAACCAUUUUUGUUCUAAAUAAUAAUCAAAAGCCAGACUUCUUGAAUCACAAACAUCUAGAGCUGACUGAUGAAGAUCCCACCAGUAAUAUUAACUGCUCUAAGAUACUGCAGGGCGAUAUAGAGGAAAUUCAAAACGUAAAGCUUGAGAUGUUAACGGUGUCAUUUAAGAAACGCCCUAAGCUAACAGCAAGUGAUUAUAUUAAUAUGACAAUGGAUUGUGCCUCUUUUACCAAAAUGCGGAAGUAUAUUAUGGAACCUCUCAGUAAAGAGGAAGCUGAAUUUCCAAUUGCCUAUUCAAUAGUCAUAUAUCACAAAAUAGACAUGCUUGAUAGACUUCUAAGAUCAAUCUAUGCACCUCAGAAUUAUUACUGCAUUCAUGUUGACAAAAAGUCUCCAGAAUCUUUUCUGGCUGCAGUUAAGGGAAUUGUGUCCUGUUUCAGUAAUGUCUUUAUUGCCAGCCAAUUGGAAAGUGUAGUGUAUGCUUCAUGGAGCAGGGUACAGGCCGACCUCAACUGCAUGAAAGAUCUCUACAGAAGAAGUAUGAACUGGAAAUAUUUGAUAAAUUUAUGUGGUAUGGACUUUCCCAUUAAGACCAACCAGGAAAUUGUGGAGAAAUUGAAAGCCCUAAAGGGUGAAAACAGCUUAGAAACUGAGAAAAUGCCUUCCAGCAAAGAAAUACGAUGGAAAAAACACUAUGAAAUUGUUGAUGGUAAACUAAAGAACAUGGGAAUAGACAAACAACCUCCACCUCUCAGUACACCUGUUUUCUCUGGCAGUGCCUAUUUUGUUGCUAGUAGGAGAUUUGUAGAGUAUGUGCUAGAAAACAGCAAAAUCCUUGAGUUUAUUGAAUGGGCUAAAGAUACAUAUAGCCCCGAUGAAUACUUGUGGGCUACUAUUCAAAGAAUCCCUGAAGUUCCAGGGGCCGUUUCUUCCAGUGACAAGUAUGAUAUUUCUGACAUGAAUGCUCUUGCGAGGUUUGUGAAGUGGCAUUAUUUUGAGGGGGAUGUGUCAAAAGGUGCCCCCUAUCCUCCGUGCAAUGGAAUUCAUGUGCGUUCUGUGUGUGUAUUUGGAGUGGGAGACUUGAACUGGAUGUUACAGAAACACCACUUAUUUGCUAACAAAUUUGAUACUGAUGUUGACCCCUUUGCAAUUCAGUGCUUGGAAGAAUAUUUGAGACACAAAGCUUUGCACCAACACAAAAAUUAAAAUGCCUUUUUGUUUUGGCACAACUGCCUCAUCUUGAUAAAACUGUUGUGUAGAUAAAAUAAUUAUAUAGUGGCAAUAUAUGUGUGUUUCACCUUACUCGUUGCCUUGGUAUGAGCGUCAAACUUCAUGUGGGUAUACAUGAGAUGUUCAGUCUCACCUGACCACUUAACACACCAAUUUCCAUACCUCAUACCCUAUUAUUGGAAGCAGUCCAAAGAGCAUAAUUGGAGAGAGCUACUCCAGCAAGUCCAGCUAUUCUUGUGUAACAUUUCAUUAGCCUUUCAGGUUCCUUUUUUUUGGUUCUCUGCUACUGUUUAAUCCACAGACUUAAAAACAGAACUCCCUGAUCUUAUCUAUUACUCAAUCCUUUUUCAUAAUCAGGGCUCAACAAAUUAUAGAAUCUACUCGCCCACGGUGAGUAGAUUAUAACCCGGAAGAGCCGGGUUCCGGUGACCUGCGCAUGCGCAGAACGAUCUGCGCAUGCGAAGGUCGCCAGACAGCGUGGCUGGCGAGCAGGGCUCGCUGCGGUUCGGCGAGCCCUGUGCAUAAUCAUCCCCAGUUGGGCAAGGGGUAGAGGAGAAGCUAGACUGUGCAAAUAUGUUGAUGCAAAAUAAUCUCAGGGAAUACAUAUUAGGGAUUCUUUAAAAGGUAACACAGGGGAAUUGAGCAAUAUGCCAAAGCAAAGACUGAAUCCUCUCUUCAGAAAACUUUAAACUUUAAGUUGACAUCUUCACCAACCAGCUAUAAGGUCAUCUUCCAGUAAUGUUUUGUGUGAGUGUUCUAGUUUGUGAAAACUAUUUUAAAGUUUAACAGUUACAUUUUAAUUUUGGAAUAAAAAUUAUAGCUCUAAUCUGUAAUGUCCAUCUUCUCAGGGAAAUUUAUUAUUCUGUGCCUGUUAGAAUAUAAGUGCUGAUAUCAAAUUUAUUUUUUAUGCAUUGUCACUUUUUCUACACUUGUAAUUUUUUUUUUUUUUUUUAGUCUAGUCUAUGAAGAUUGAGAUUAUUUUAUGUUGCAACUCUGGCAUAGCAGAGCUUCGGGUCUUAACUUUCUGAAGGAGUGAACAUACAUCUAGUCUGCCCAAUUGUAUCCCAGAACAUUUAAAUACUUACUGAAUAUCCAGAAAAAUAAAUUAUUUUUCUAAGUGAAA